AUGGCUGCUGCGUCAUCGAUCAACACGGAAUUCAGAGAAUAUGGAAGCUUCCUGCAUAAGAAGAAGAUGAAGAUGCUGAAGCACUCGAAGAUAGGGAAGGUGCUGAAGGGUCUGUCAUUGGGGGCGAGAAGUUCAGGAGGAGGAAGGAGGGUCCCGGAAGGGCAUUUUGUGGUGGUGGCGGUGAAAGGCGAAGAAGCGAAGAGAUUUACGGUGAAAUUAGAUUGCCUGAGAGAUCCUGCUUUCUUGAGGCUUCUGGAGAGGGCCGGUGAAGAGUAUGGCUUCGCACAGAAGGGUCCUCUUGCCGUCCCUUGCAACCCUCAAGAACUCCAGAGCAUAAUCGACAAUCACAUGCGCUGCCGUCCCUAG